AUGCAUACCUUUCUCUUUCCCAUUGUCGAGCGAGAUCUGGUCAUCCUGCGGAAGCACCCAAACACGAUUACUUCGAAAGAGUGGUACUUGCUUUUCCGGCACGGACAUUUACCGUCGUGCAUCGUUGACAGUAAAGAAGAGGAAGGUGAAGAGGAAGGAAGCGUUGAAGUCCUAGAGAUUGACCUCGUAGCAAUGUUACACGAGUGUGAAGCCAAAGUUAGACAAGAGCGAGAGGAGGAGCAACUGAAGCAGGAGCGGUUUAAGCAGGAGCAAUUUGAGCAGGAGCCGGUCGAGGAACAGGCGCCGUUCGAGGAAAACCCAAGCGAGGCGGGUGAAUCCCAGGUCGGGAUUAACAAUACUGCGAAGACACCGAUAAUGUUUUGGGGUGCCGAGCUUGAUAAUAGUAAUUUUAUCGACCCGAACGGUCUAAACCCGGAGGGGUUAGAAGAGUUCGUCGAGAGCGACGAAGAAACAUACGAAGAGCUCGAGAAACAGGAGAAGGCAUCCACAUUCGGUGGACAGACCGAAACGCCAAUGCCCACCAGCGAUGCACAGAUAUUCGAUUCUGACGCUCGCGAAGAAUAA